AUGAUGGCGCAGAGAGUGGCCGCGAUGUUCGACGAGCUGCACGAUCAAGAAUAUGAGCAGCAGGGAGGCCAGAUGACGGAGCUGCAGGGAAAGCUGGCUGCCCGGACACAGCGGGUGGAAGCCCUGGAGGCAGAGCUUCAGGGACUGCGGCAGCUACUGGGGCAAGAUGCAGAGGAGAGCGAGGCCAAGGAAAAGAAAGAGGUUGAAGCCUUGCCGCAGGUCCAGGAGGCUCCUGAUGGCCAUGGCCCCAAGCCCACGCGCUGGAGGUGCGUGUGGCGCCCCGGCAUGGACAUCAGGAGCGAGCGCACCGUUCAGCGCAAGUGCGUGGUGGGCUUCCUGAGCUGUGGCGAGGUCUUCAAUGUGAUUCAAGAGUGGCGGGGCAGAGAGGGCACCCUCUUCCUCAAGCUUGCCGGUGACAAGGGUUGGGUCUUCGACAAGACCCGCACCGGCACCUUCUGCGUGCCAGUGGGAAGCGAGUGGCAGGACUGGGAUCACCAGCACGGAUCGUGGAACAACGCCCCCGACGGGAAUGGUCGCGAUCGCGGAGGCCAAGAAGAAAAGUGGGCAUGGGAUGAAAAAGACAAUGAUGGUUGGCGCCAG